GAGGCAAAAACACCCCGACAGGACUCGUACAGAAGCCGACAGGAUUUCGUAUUAGUGCGUGUCGCCUCCUGCUCUAUAAACGAACAAAGUUCGGUAACGCGUGUUAACAAGAGGUUUCGAUCAACUUUCAGGUGACCAUGGGUAAGAAAAAUUCAAAACUAAAACAGGACACCAUUGAUAGACUCACGACAGCUACUUACUUUACAGAGAAAGAAAUACGACAAUGGCACAAAGGAUUUUUAAAAGAUUGUCCAAAUGGUCUCCUUACAGAACAGGGAUUCAUCAAAAUAUAUAAACAGUUCUUUCCUCAAGGUGAUCCUUCAAAGUUUGCCUCGCUAGUCUUCAGGGUAUUUGAUGAAAAUAAUGAUGGUUCUAUAGAGUUCGAGGAGUUUAUUCGAGCCCUAUCGGUGACGUCACGAGGAAAUCUCGACGAGAAACUUCAUUGGGCAUUUAGACUUUAUGACGUUGAUAACGACGGUUACAUAACAAGGGAUGAAAUGUACAACAUCGUAGAUGCAAUUUACCAAAUGGUGGGGCAACAACCAUCUGAAGAUGAAAAUACACCGCAAAAAAGGGUUGAUAAGAUUUUCGAUCAAAUGGAUAAGAACCACGAUGAUCGACUUACCCUCGAAGAAUUUCGAGAGGGUAGUAAAGCGGACCCGAGGAUUGUCCAAGCGUUAACGUUGGGUGGUGAAUAGCAUAGGGACGUCGGCAUCCAGCCCGAUCGGAUCUGACGAUAUUGUUGCAUCAACGUUAUUGUAUAUAGGAUUAUACAGUUGUUAAGAAGAAUGAGAAAUUAAAUUAAUGUAAUGCGAGGUGUUGAUGUUCACUCGAUAGGGUUGACAAAAAUUUUCCAGUACAACAGCCUUAUUGAUGUAGUGUGUCAAAUUUUAAUGCUUUCAAAAAAAUAAUGAUUAUUAAAUAAAUAAUCCAUAAUUGAGCUGAAAUAAUUUUAUUAAAUGAAAUUUUUGGAGAAUACAUUUAGGUCAUCAUAAAUUGUAUUGAUAAAUAAUUAUAUUUUUACCUAUAAUUUAUGAUAACCUGUGUUUUAUGAAAUAAAAUAACCAUCGAGAUGUUUAAAAAAGAAUAAAAUUUGAAGCUCAAUUAAUGUAUUUGUAAGAAAAUGGAGAUAAAGUUACUGGAUCGCACUUGUCAAUUUCACUACAUACCGAUAUUGAUUAGAUUAGGUUCUAAAAAUAUUUAAAACAUAACAUUAAUGGUAAGUCAAGGAAUUUCAAAAUUAUAUACUUCUAAGAUAUAU